GGAGAGAAGCGCGCCCAUUGACUAUAUAUAUAAUUAUAUGGAACUAGGGUUCUCCGCUCGAGUGGUUUCCAAAAAUGUGUAUAUCGUUAAAGCUCUCUACACCGAUCAGCUGGGAGUUUUUAUGAUUACUUAUCAAACGUGUAUUUCGCUUUAGCGGUAAACAGAUCUGUUGUCGGUGUAGAUUCGUCUUGCGAUCAGCUGGAGAGCGGCAGUUUACGUCUCAACAGACACCACCUUAAUCUCAAGAGGACGAAUUUCCCAUAUUUAGAUUACAGGCGAGGAUAAUUAAAAUUUCAAUUUUAGCAAACGAGCACUAGAGUUUACAUAAAACACAACAGGACACGCUGUUACAGAUCAGCGUAAAUCGUCAGAUAUGUCAUCCUCAUCCUCAUCUCCGUCAUCAGAUUCAGAUGAUGAAGAAAAGACCGCAGGGAAAAUCUCAAAAUGGAAAUUUGUUCGGACGACCAUGGGGAGGAUUCUUGAGAUGCAGUUCGAUGAGUGUGACGCCGACGACUUCGUGGACCUGCUGAGCUCGCCCUCCGUAAAAACCUUAACAGCCUUAAAAAAGAAGCUGAAGAAAUCGGAUAGGGAUUGGAUACACGAGUUUCUGGACGGCGCGGGUCUCGGGAUACUGUUGGAUGCGGUAGAUGUUAUUGGAAGUCGGCGAGUGACGAAAUUAUCCGAAGCACUGAAGCUUUUUCAAUGCGUAUCCUGCAUCAAACUGUUGGUGAAUUCCCUGACGGGGUUGUCGUUCUUUGUUCAACACAGCAGUCACAUCAAAAAGCUUGUUAAAGCUUUGGAUACCAGUGACGUGUUGGUGAAGAAACUUGUAAUUGGAUUGCUGUCGGCGCUAUGUGUGUAUUCUGAUGAUGGUUACAACCUCGUCAUGAACGCGUUAAACAGUUAUAAGGCAGUGAAGAAACAGAGGUAUCGCUUCAGUUUAAUUGUAAAUGAACUAAAGAUGGCGACCCUGACUCCGUACAAGACCACAUUGCUUGCCUUAGUCAACUCCGUAAUCGUCGCAAAUGAAGAUCUAGAAGCGAGAGUGAGAAUUCGUAAUGAAUUCAUAGGUUUAGACAUUAUGGACUUGGUUAGCAACUUAAGAAAUGAAGAUGACGAUGACUUGAUCAUUCAAUGCGAUGUUUUUGACGAUGAGAAACAGUCCGAUGAUGAGGAAAUGGCGGCUUCGUUUCCCGCCUGUGUCAACAUCCAUGAUCACGACCAGGUCUUCAGAGCUCUUUAUCAAAAGGUUUACAAUACUCCAUUUGAGGACGUGUUUCUGAAUGUGUUACAAACUCUUCUACAAAUAGAACCAGAAAACCCGCUUAGUGACAUACAGUGGAAAUCAGUGGAGACGUCAGUCAGGCGUGUCGUUCUAAUUGAUGAAACACGCGCCAAGAGAACAAGUGUACUAGGAAUGGAUGGAUUGCCCAUCUACCCAAAGACAUCUAAGGCAGUCCAAACAGACCACAUAAUCCCUACAGAAGAACAUCGUACGAUUACCGCAGAAUCAACCCAAACAGAAUCUAUAUCCACAACGAUCAGACAAAAUGAAGGCUCAGAUUUAUAUUCUUCUCCUUCUCCAUUACCACCACCACCACCACCGCCACCACCUGGCAUUGGAAUUCCACCGCCGCCGCCUCCUCCACCUGGUUUCGGAAUUCAACCACCACCACCACCGCCGCCGCCACCUGGCAUUGGAAUACCACCACCACCACCGCUUCCACCUGGGAGCAUCAAAGCGGGAACAGCUUCGUCCACAUUCUGUAGUAACCAGCCAGACACUUGUGAGAUGUGGACUCCAACUCCCAAACAUAAGAUGAAGACCGUCAACUGGAAAAAGCUCCCACUGCGCACUAUUUCGUCCCAUGAAAAUGUUUGGAAAGAAGUGCUUGGUAUGUCGGAUCAGGUGCCUGUGAAAUAUGAAAACUUAGAGCAACUCUUCUGUCAGAAACAAAUUCAAAAAUCCAAAGGAAAUACAAAACCCAAAGUACCAUCGGUGAUAUUAUUACUAGACAACAAACGAAGCAUGAACGUCAACAUUUUCCUGAAACAAUUUAAGUGCAGUCACAGCGAAAUUAUAUCUAUGAUCGAAGCUGGCGACACACGCGCCAUUGGACAAGAGCGUUUGCUUGGUCUCCAAAAGAUACUUCCGGAUGCUGACGAGAUUAAGAUGCUAAGAGAUUUUGAGGGAGACAAAGAGAAACUUGGAAACGCUGAAAAGUUCUUCGAAACACUCGCCCAACUGCCAUCUUUUGAAAUCCGCAUCGACGGUCUAGUUCUGAAAGAUGAAUUUCAAAUUACUCUCGAUUCACUCUUGCCGAAUAUUGCCGCCUUUGAGAACACCUGUCACCAUCUACUGAAGAACGAAUCUUUCAAAGUGUUCCUUCGUUAUGUCUUACACUCUGGAAAUUUCAUGAAUGCGGGAAAAUACAAUGGAAAUGCAAAGGGUUUCCGAAUUGAAUCGUUGGACAAACUAAUGGACACUCGAGCUAACAAACCUCGGGUAACAUUUCUUCACUACCUUGUGGCGGAGGCUGAGAAGGAGAACGCAGACGCUCUAUCUUUUCUAGAUGAGAUUUCCCCCGAUCUGUCAAAAGUCUCAAAGUUCACAUUAAAGGAUUUAAGAGAGGAAGUGGCGGAAUUAAAAGGGAGAGUCUCAAAACUUCACGAAGGCCUGGUAAACUGUCCAGCUGACGUCAGAAACCAACUCAAAACCUUCAUACAGGACGCUCGACAGGGAAUGACAUCAUUGGAUGAGGGAUUACGCAAUAUAGCCAAUUUGGCAAAAGAAUUGGCCAGCUACUUUUGUGAAGACGAACAGAGUUUCAAAAUCGAUGAAUGUAUACGCAACAUGAACACUUUUUGUGACCACGUUACACGAUGUCAAAAGGAAAAUCGAAAAGAAGAAAAAGCGGAACAGAGAAGGAAACAAAAACAGGAAAAGGCGUAUAAACUCAAAAGCAAAGAACGUGUCUCAGCAGUUGUGAAACCAGUUGAGGAAGACUGCAUCAUAGACCGAUUGCUGCAGGAAAUUCGAGAAGGAUCCAAACUCCGGAAAACAAGAUCAUGACAAUCAUAGAACAGAUACUAAACGCCUCAACGAGGCUAAAGGACAAAUAAAACCAAUGUUAAGAUUU